CCACUGAGACACCUCCAGCUCACAGGGGGCAAUUGUACAUUUCAGCCCUGCAGCUAUGCGAAGUGAUUGGCCAAGGAGCAAGCUCACAAAGGCCUGUGGAGGUGGGCUAGGGUCAGGGUCUGCGUCUCUGCAACUGUCACUCAGGCAGCAGGACCUGAAGACCCUUCCAGGAUGCCAGAGGCAAGUUCUCCCAGGCGAACUCCACAGAAUGUUCCCUACCAGGACCUGCCUCACCUGGUCAACGCUGAUGGGCAGUACCUCUUCUGUAGAUACUGGAAGCCUGCAGGUACCCCUAGGGCCCUUGUCUUUGUGUCCCAUGGUGCCGGGGAGCACUGUGGCCGCUAUGAUGAGCUGGCUCAGAUGCUGAGGGGGCUGGACCUGCUGGUGUUCGCCCACGACCAUGUUGGCCACGGGCAGAGUGAAGGGGAGAGGAUGGUAGUGUCAGACUUCCACGUUUUCGUCAGGGAUGUGCUACAGCAUGUGGAUACCAUUCAGAAGGAACACCCCAGGCUCCCUGUCUUCCUUCUGGGCCACUCCAUGGGAGGCGCCAUCGCCAUCCUGGCUGCCGCAGAGAAGCCCACUCUCUUCUCCGGCAUGGUCCUGAUUUCACCUCUGGUUCUUGCCAAUCCAGAAUCAGCAACCACUUUCAAGGUCCUUGCUGCGAAAGUGCUCAAUCUUGUCCUGCCAAACCUGUCCCUGGGACCCAUUGACUCCAGUGUGCUCUCUCGUAAUAAGGCUGAGGUCGACCUGUAUGACUCGGACCCCCUCAUCUGCCGCGCGGGGCUGAAGGUGUGCUUCGGCAUCCAGCUGAUGAAUGCCGUCUCGCGGGUAGAACGCGCGCUGCCCAAGCUGACGCUGCCCUUCCUGCUGCUACAGGGCUCUGCGGAUAGGCUAUGUGACAGCAAGGGGGCCUACCUGCUCAUGGACUCGGCCCGGAGCCAGGACAAGACGCUGAAGCUCUAUGAAGGUGCCUACCACGUUCUCCACAAAGAGCUUCCAGAAGUGACCAAGUCCGUCUUCCAUGAAAUAAACAUGUGGGUCUCCCAAAGGAUACCCAUGGCAGGAGCCACCGGAACCCCACCCUGAGCACGCUGGCCAAGCAACCAGCUCGCAGUCUGGGGGAAGUGGGCAGAGAAGAGCAGCUCUUGCUGGCUUGAAAAACAAAAAUCACAGAUUGGAGGACUCCCUAGUGCAAUUUAUUUUUUAAAAAAAAAGACAUUUUGUCAUAUAUAAACCUUAUCAACCACUGGAUCUACUACCUUAAGGGGUAGACAGAGAGAGGGGGAUUACAGGCAGUUUUCCACAUGGGACUAUGUGGAAAUAUCCUUUGAAAACAAAAGUGUAACUCUGUCCUCCACUCCCAGCUCCUAUGGGGUUCCAGGACACCCCUAUGUCCUGUGAUCCUAGCCUGCAAUAAUUGGAGGCCUUUUCCCUCCUGUCCCCACUUGAGCUCCUUCCCCAACGCCUCUCUGACUGGCCAUUCUCUGGGCUGUGAUGAGGUGUCUCGUGCCCCCAGAGCUAGAUCCUCAACAAGCUCACAUGCUCCUCCACAGCACUUCCUCAAAACGGGCAGCCACCCAUGACCUUGUCAGCAACUUAGCCUGAAACCAGGCUCAGGGUAGGAGGAAUGGCCCGGUAGAGCAUUGUCAUGGACUCCUGGCGUUUCCUGCUUGGGAUUUGGGUCACCGACCCUGUGCCGUAUGUAUGCAGAAAGGCCACUGUUCCCCAAGUCAUUAUGUAUCUGAUCCUGAGAAGGGGGUUGCUUUGAAGAGGAGGUGUCUAAUAUAUAAUGUAUAUCCUAAAGCAGAGACAAUUAUUGGGGGGUGGGUAGGCGGGGCCUGGGCACCUGCCAGGCACUGAUAUUGCACAAGACCAGGAUGGCUGGACUGAGUAAGAGCCCUGUACCCCCAAGAGAGGGACUAGGCUAGCCUUUCCCAUGGCCAGGACCCAGUGUCCCUCCCUUCCUUUCAGCAUGGAGGACUAUGGCCUCAGGGCCUGGGGUCUCCCUCUGCCCAGAGCCACCAGGAGUCAAUGUCACAGUGCCAGCAGCACAGCUACCUCUGGUGGCAGGAGAAGAGAUUCACAUGCAGCUAUGGUGCUGGCCACCUGCCAGGGCAGCACAGAGCACUCACUGACCACCUGCAGGCAGGGACCACAGCUGCUGGCACCCCGUCCCAGGCCACAGCAGGAUGUCCCUGGCAGGCGUCAUCCAGGGCCACCCAGGCACAGCCAAGGCACAAGCCCUACCCCUUCAGAUGCCACCCAGUAGCCUGUCCCAGGCCUCAGUGCCAGCAAUAACGGGGGCUCUGCCUCCUUGGGGGCACUUUCAUUUUAUUGUGGGGCCUGCUGUUACCUCAACAGUCUCAUUAGUGCCCACAGGGCCCUGGGUAGAGGCAGAGAGACCUGCAUGGCUGCAAGGAGGCUGUUUGGGGUGCCAGUGAACCUCCAGCAAAGGUGCAAUACAGGGUCCUCAGGGUCUCAGAGGAGGCAGCCACUCCCCUGCAAAGACAUGGAGGUUUGUAGUCAGGGCUCUGACUGUCUUCUUUGGCGGUGGGGAUUGCCCUCCACCAAGGCCUUUUCCUUCUUUGGGCUUAUUUUGUGUCCUGGGAGGGGUGUCCCUCUACCCUCCAGUGACCCUGACCAUGUCAUAUAAGUCAAGAGUUGGCCCCCCUACUAAAGGUCAUAGGGUGGCCUUCAGGAGGAACCAAGCACCCAUGAAGGGUAUCCAGAGCCCAGGAGCUGACCAGACCCCACCUUAGCUCUGACUUCUCUUUGGAACAGUCAAAUGUAAAAAGCUUGCUGAGAGAGACAAUCAGCGUGCACUGGCUGUUCUGGCUCUGGGCAGCAGUGGUCCCCAGGGAUGUUUCUGCUCUCCAUUAAGGAAAAACAAGAACCCCACCCCUAAACCACUAGGUGCCCCUGGCCAGGAUCUGAAAUUCUCACCCAGAGCUCGAAGUCUGCAGCCCCGCUCAGGGUCUCCCCCAGCAGGAUAGGACAGCAGUACCCUCUCCCAAACCAAACGCCUGGCCCCUGGGCUGUUCCUCUUCAGGCGCAUGACGUCAUUUACAGACAUACGCGUCUGCUUUAAAAAUCCCUAAUACAAAAAAAAAGGAAAGGCUGAUCUGACAUUGGACUCUCUUAUGAAAUGUGGAAGAGAGGACAGGAAUACGGGUGUGCCACAUCCAUGGCAGAAGUGGGCUAGCGCAGGGCCCUGCAAGGCCGCUGUGGCAAGUCUUUCACAUGCAGCCGCUGCAAGGCUGGGUGGCUUGUCUGUGGAGACCGGGUCAUCCUUGCUGGAUUGCACCCUCCAUCCACACUGACAACUGAGUGCCGCUGACAUUCACUUCAGAGUACCACCACUGCAGGAACACAGAGGAAUCUAGGUUUGGAAGAGAUGCUAAGGCACACAUGGCUUGGCCUGGAACAGACAGGGAGCAAGAUGAAUGCCAGGGAGGGGACCCCUUACAGCCCUUUAGGGAUAUCAAAGCACCUAUAUGAACACAGAGUGCCCUUCCCAGCAGGUCAAAGGUGAUGUGAAUCCCUGUGGAAUGGAUUUUGCACCUGAAAAGCUUGUGGGGAAAGGGAGCCACCCACAGGUAGUUGGGGAGGAAGACGGGGCAGGUCUAAACCACCAGGUCCCAGACCCUUGGCAGAGACAGGGGGCAUCCACCCUUCAUCACAGUCCCCCCUCAGCUUGGGGUGCCCUGAGAUCCAGCACAAAAGUCAUGAGAAUGCUGUGAGUGCCACGGGGCUCCGCUCACAUCCCACUCCAGGCGUUCUGCCUCCAGGCCAGCCUGCAGACCUCACUGUCCUCCCUGCCUGACUGCUAAUGUAAUCUCACAAGGAUCACAAUGAUGUCCAAACACUUUGUUACUGUCACUGCGCUGAGACACAUCCCAUGUAUACUCCUAGUGGGGAGCCUGUAUCUGCUUAGCACCACUAAAGGAACCGAUGUGCACUACAGCUAAUCCUAAUAAAGCAGAUGCUUUUUGA